AACACAGCAAAGAAACACUACGGGUUUUUACGAUUUGCAGCCAAAAGUAAAAGAAAGAGCGGAGGACUUUAAGAUUCCGGUAGUCAAUCAAGUGCUACUCACCUUUUCCGGCCUAUUCCAACUGUGAUUAUCAUCCCGUACCAACGAUUCAGUGUUAUGGCCACAGCACAAAAUGCCACCUCCGCCAGCAGCGGUGGUGCAAAGGCUAAGGAUAAGAAAAGCCAGGAAGAAAUUUAUGCAGAAUUCCAACAGCUGCGAAAUCAACAGAGAAAUUUGAUUAAUAAUCUCAACACACUGGAGUUGGACCUUAAGGAACACAAAACUGUGAUCGAUACACUGAAAACGGUGGAGUCCGGCCGAAAGUGUUUCCGUUUGAUUGGAGGAGUCCUUUGCGAGCAGACAGUAGAAGUUGUGUUGCCGCAAUUAGUUGUGAACAAAGAACAACUCGAGAAAUUAAUCGAAAAUGGUAAAGAACAAAUUACCAAGAAAGGCACGGAGAUCAAUCAAUAUAAAGAUGAACACAAUAUCAAAAUUCGCGGCCAGGACACGACGCCGGCUUCUACAAGCGAAAAAGAAAACGUCGAAGACAAACCCGCGGCAUCUGGGAAUCGAAACGUUCUUGUAGGAAACCUGUAAUUUACGCAAAAUCCCAGUCUAGUGCACCCUAAAACCAAAACUCUCGUGCUCGGGGCUUAUUUCUAGAGUGAGGUGUUUGAUGUAAAGUAGUGUGAUCAGAAUGUAUCGACAAAAACGCAAUUGCAGAAAACCCUCACGACUUUUAUGUAUCUUUCUUAUCGAACUGUCUAACCGCGUAGAACUCAAUUUUCCUUUACAGGCUUAAGACCAACAGAUAAUCUUUAUCAGUAAGCAUACUACCGAGAAUUUAGUUAGAAACUCCUGCUUUUGUCGUUUGUUUCAGUUGUUGCUUGAAGAAUUUGAUCUAAGAUUAU